CUCUCUGGAGAAAAGCUGCUGCCGCUGCUUCUCUCUCCUCUUUUCCUUUCAAAACCCACGCCGAGAGAAGGAAGGAAAGAAAGAAAGAAAGGAAAAACCUGCUGCGCGCAGACGGAUGCAGGACGUCGUACGUGUGAUACAAGAGCAGGGGAAUUGGUGGCGGGCGGGCGGGCCGAUGACGGCGAGGGUGGUUGCGGCGGCCGUCCUGGCGCUCGCCGCCGUCGUGGCGUCGGCGUCCGCGGCGGCGGCCGGCGACGCCACGUACCCGGUGCGGUGGGAGGUCGGCUACAUGACGGUGGCGCCGCUCGGCGUCUCGCAGAAGGUGAUUGCAAUCAACAACCAGUUCCCUGGGCCACUCCUGAACGUGACAACCAACUGGAACGUGAGGGUGAACGUCCAAAACAACCUGGAUGAGCCUCUCCUCCUCACCUGGGAUGGCAUCCAGAUGAGGAUGAACUCAUGGCAGGACGGCGUCGCCGGCACCAACUGCCCAAUCCCUCCCGGAUGGAACUGGACCUACCAGUUCCAGCUCAAGGACCAGAUCGGAAGCUUCUUCUACUUCCCUUCGCUCGGCCUCCAGCGGACUGCGGGCGGCUACGGCCCCGUAACCGUCAACAACCGCGCUGUUGUGCCCGUCCCCUUCGACCAGCCUGCUGGCGAUGUUACCUUGUUCAUCGGAGAUUGGUACACCAAGAGCCACACUGAAUUGAGGGACAUGCUAGAUGAUGGCAAGGAUCUUGGGAUACCUGAUGGGAUUCUGAUAAAUGCAAAGGGCCCUUAUAGAUAUGACACCACACUGGUUCCAGAAGGACUUCAACAUGAGGUUGUUGGAGUUGAGCCAGGCAAAACAUAUCGCUUCCGCGUUCACAAUGUUGGCACCUCAACCAGCCUGAACUUCAGAAUCCAGAACCACAACAUGCUUCUCGUAGAGGCUGAAGGAACAUACACUAAUCAACAGAAUUACACCAACCUUGACAUACAUGUCGGACAGUCGUACUCUUUCUUGGUGACCAUGGACCAGAAUGCAAGCACAGACUAUUACAUCGUGGCAAGCCCGAGGUUUGUGAGCAGCGAAGCUCGCUGGCGCGAUGUCAAUGGUGUAGCAAUCCUGCAGUACUCAAACUCCAAAGGCAGUGCUUCUGGCCCCCUCCCUGGCGCUCCAGAUGAUUUCUAUGACAAGUACUAUUCCAUGAACCAGGCAAGGACUAUCAGGAUGAAUGUGAGUUCCGGUGCUGCACGCCCAAAUCCACAGGGAUCAUUCCGCUACGGCUCGAUCAACAUCACGCAGACCUUUGUCUUGAAGAACGAGUCGCCCUUGCGCAUUGGCGGGAAGCGUCGAAGGACGAUAAACAGGGUCUCGUACUCACCUCCCGAGACUCCACUGAGGCUUGCUGAUCUCCACAACCUUACAGGGGUCUACAGAACAGACUUCCCCACAAUGCCAAGCGAUGCGCCACCAAGGAGGGCUUCAUCUGUGCUGAAUGCUUCUUACAAGGGCUUCCUCGAGAUGGUCUUCCAGAACAAUGAGACCGAUGUUCAGACCUACCAUCUGGAUGGUUAUUCAUUCUUUGUAGUCGGGAUGGACUAUGGCGAGUGGACGCCAAACAGCAGGGGUUCAUACAACAAGUGGGAUGCCAUCUCUCGCAGUACCACACAGGUGUUCCCCGGAGGGUGGACCGCAGUCCUGGUAUCGCUGGACAACGUAGGCAUCUGGAAUAUACGUGCCGAGAAGCUGGAUAAUUGGUACAAUGGGCAAGAGGUUUAUGUGAAAGUUGCUGAUCCACUGGGCUACAACGUCACCGAAAUGAUCGCUCCAGAGAACACUCUCUACUGUGGUCUGCUGAAAGACAUGCAAAAGCCACAGAUACAUGAGACAAGCAAGAAGUCAUCAGCGCAUGCCGUGGCUCGAUGGAGCACUCAGCUUAUUAUCACAACCCUGUCGCUGAUUGUCACAGCUGUGAUUUGCAGUUAAAUUUAAGAAACUGCGAAAAUUUGUUAGUUAGGAAUUCGUGGGGAUUGAUAGAACGAACAUACUACAUGUGGACGUCAACCAUACACAGACUGUAACAGGAUUCGUUUAAAAUUUUCCUACAGAUUCUAAUGGUGACUCUUUAAGCUGUUGAGAAGCUCUUUGCGCAAAGGCCAAAGUUUUCAUACUUGGAAAUGAAACUCUGUUGGUUUCUUUA